GCAUUCAACCAUCAAAUCAAAGCUUUGCGGCAGAGAGCAAAACAAGAGUUCUGAUUUCCGUUCAACGUUUUUCUCAGGUUAAUCGUAAUAGUUAGUGCAAUUUUAGAGUGCUUUAAUCAGACUACUUUGUAGAAACGUUCCUUCAAUGUGUCACACGUGGGGACAGUUGUUAAGAUGAAAGUUACAGUGAAAAGUUGGAUGGGAGUUGCCGUCUGGAAAUGGCUCGCCAACGAUGACAAUUGCGGAAUCUGUCGGAUGGCCUUUGAGGGCUGCUGUCCGGAUUGUUCACUGCCAGGAGAUGAUUGUCCCCUUGUUUGGGGAGCCUGUUCGCAUUGCUUCCACAUGCAUUGCAUCGUGAAAUGGCUCAAUUCGCAGGCCAACCAGCAGUGUCCGAUGUGUCGCCAAACUUGGAAGUUCAAUGAAAAGUAAAAAGUACUAGGCCUGGCAGGGCAGCAAGAACGAACGGUGGUGCAUUUCGGUAGGAGCUAAAUGUUUUUUGCACGAUUUAUUUGGAAGGAUAAACUAUUCGAACAGCACUUUUGCCUUGAGAGUAAUAGUGGAUUAAGUGGUACGGGGCAGAAAUAUACAUUGAGUCAGAGAAAAGAAGCGUGAAACUGUGGUUUAUUUGGCCGUGGGUGGAUCAACUUGGUCGAUCGGUUGUUUUGUAGAUCAAUACAAGCGAGGUGCUAGUGCGUUUUUUGUUACUGCUAACUAAAGUUCUGUGGCGAUACUUGCUUUUCCAGUAUGAAAUUUAGUGCUGAGUGAGUUUCGGAUUGUUUGAAUAAACUGAAUAUGUGACAAAAUUAAUAGUGAAAACUGCAUACCGAGUUCAACGGAAUUGUUCGACAC